AUGCCCGUCACUGCUUUUCUUAUCUCUCCUUUUCCUCUCGCUGUUAUUAUCCCUCCUGUUCUUCCCUCUCCCUUCCCCCUUUCCUCUCCCUUCCUUAUCUCUCCCCUCAUUUCCUCCUUUCUCCUUACCUUUCCCCUCCUUCCCUUUCCCCUCCUUUCCUCUCCCUUCCUAUUCGCAAUAGUCACAUCUGCACUCGCCGUGCCAGCUCUCGCUGGCGUCACACCCAUCAGCAGCACCGGUCAGUCAGAGAGUGCCAGUUCGCCUCGCAAGCUGCUGCUGCGUGCCUCCUAUCCCAGGCAGCUGGAGGAAGUAAACCCGGAUGGUUGCACUGACGGGGACGGCAGUGGGGACGGCAGUGGUGACGGCAGCGGGGACGGCAGCGGGGACGGCAGCGGGGACGGCAACGGGGACGGCAGCGGGGACGGCAGCGGGGACGGCAGCGGGGACGGCAGCGGGGACGGCAGCGGGGACGGCAGCGGGGACGGCAGCUUGGACGGCAGCGGGGACGGCAGCUUGGACGGCAGCUUGGACGGCAGCUUGGACGGCAGCGGGGACGGCAGCUUGGACGGCAGCUUGGAAGGCAGCUUGGACGGCAGCGGGGACGGCAGCGGGGACGGCAGCGGGGACGGCAGCGGGGACGGCAGCGGGGACGGCAGUGGUGACGGCAGCGGGGACGGCAGCGGGGACGGCAGUGGAGACGGCAGUGGUAACGGCAGUGGUGACGGCAGUGGUAACGGCAGUGGUAACGGCAGUGGUAACGGCGGCAGCACCGGCGACGGUGGCAGCAACGGCGGCACCGGCAGUGGCGACAGUGGCAGCAGCAGCAGUGUGGACGUGGCAGCAAUUCUGGAGGAGCACAACAAGGCCCGGCAGGAAGUGGGUGUGCCGGACCUCUCAUGGGACGACGGGGUGGCAGCAGCAGCGCAGGCAUGGGCAAACGAGCUUGCCUCUAGAGGAUGCAUCAUGGAGCAUGGAGGAGCGGAUGGGCUUGGGCAGAACCUGUACUGGAAGGGCCCUGUGCAGCUCAACAGUGACGAGGACCGGGCAGCGGUGCAGGCGUGGGUGGAGGAGAAGGCGGACUGGACGUACAGUGCCAUACCAGAGGGGUGUGCGAGCGGCAAGCAGUGUGGGCACUACACACAGGUGGUGUGGCGGGAUACCACAAAGGUGGGGUGCGGUGCUGCCCAGUGUGCGGAUGGGGGGGGCAUGUGGGUGUGCGACUACUCGCCCCCAGGCAAUAUGGUUGGAUCGACUCCUUUUUAG